UAUACAGUAACCUAAGUUCUGAGUUUGACAAUUUUAUCCAUUAAAAUGAUAUAAUUUAAUAAAAAAUGAUAGCAAAUAUUGAAAAUAGUGAUUUACAAAAUGAAAAUAAUACAGGACCUCGUGAAUUCACCGUGGUAGUAAAAAUUAUAAAUGUUAUUAUAGUUGCUGUGUUUUUAUUGCCACUAGCUGAAUAUUUACUGAUAACGAAAAGUGAUAACAAUCAAAUUGAGAGUGUGGAAACGGAAAUUGUAAAAGGAUCCCGGGAAGUUAUUGUUGAUACAAAAGUUGAAACCAAGGAAUAUACGGGUAAUAAUGAAAAUUCUCAAGUUGGAAAAACCAAACAAAAAAGUUACGAAUUAAUAUUAUGGGAGAAAAUUGUAAAGGAACUGAUUGAAGAAUCUGAACUUUGCUUUCCUAAUGAUUUUUAUGCCAAAAAAAAGGAUAAGAUGAUAAACCAGAAAACAAAAAAAUAUAUAAAAACAACAAAUAAAGAAAGAAGAGAAGUACCAGUGCCACCAAUAGUGAAUUACGCCAUAGGUGCCAUCUUGGUAGUAUUAUUAGCAGCGGCCCUAUUAGAACUAUAUAAAGCCAAAAGUCAACCUGUCAAAAAAGACGGCAAGAAUUCUUUAAGUCGAAAAUGUUCUUUGGCUGAUUUAACGGUCAUGAAACAUCACAGGAAGGAAAUGCUUAGAAGGGACUCAAUCCUAGAAGCAGCCGAGGAGAACAUCUGCUCUAAACAACUGGGAUACAAACCAGCUCCCUUAUACCGCCAAUAUUCCUUUCCUGUAGGACCAAGUAGUUUGCCUAUAAUGGGUACAAGUAAUCAUAACGGUCGUCGACUUUCAAUUCAAGGUGCUAUAAGGUACGUUCCAGUAGUCGAUGGAAGACCAGCGGCCGUUUUACAAGGACGAAGACACUCAAUUAUAUCAGACGGCAGACAACCUUUAAUAGCAGUUGAAAGUGACAGAAGUCUGUCUGUUGAAAGAGGAAUUCUUCUUACUGAUAGGAUAGUUGACGAUUCACUUGAAAGACGGUAUUAUGGACAUGGUAGACGUGUACACAGGCAUUGAAGACUGGUAGAUAUAUUGAAAAAUACCAUUUACUGUAAUGUAUAAGUAUUGGAAUGUUCUUAUCCAUUAAUUACUUAUACACAGACAGGAGAACCAGAUUUCUUAUGAUUUUAUGAAUACAUGAAAACUAUUUUAACAGUGAUAAUUUUGGUACCAGCUAAGCGAGUAUGAUAGAAAGGGAAAGAGCAUUGCUUGAUUGUCAAAAAAUUGUUCACAAUUUGUAGACAAAAGCUUGUAAGAAACUUCUUAGUUUCUUACAAGCUUACAAAAUCUAAAUAUAAAGUAUACACAAGAAAACUUCAAUAAAUAACGAUAUUACUUUUUAAAAUGUAAAUGUGAACAUAUGCUUUGUCAAAAUAUGAUAAAACUAAAUAGACGGAAAUCCUAAAGUAUGUAAAAAUUUAUAUUAAAAAUUAAUACCAUAUUUAAACUGUGUAGUAUUCUCCAAAAUAAAUCGUUUAUAGCAUACAAGGCAUUUUCCAGCAAAUAUGCCUUCAAAAUCGGUAAAAAAUGUUAUAGAUUUUAUUUCAAUUCGCACAUUAUUGUUAAUUUUUUCACAUUGCACAGUAUUGAGCACUCAACUAAUUCUGAACGUGGAGUAGGUAGAUAAAGGUCGUGCUCCGCGUUCCUACGUGGGUGGGUGCAAUAAUCUUUGUAGAACUGGAAAAA